AUUUACCCUCCUGUCGCUCACGACACUCAGCACUAAUGGGUCUCGGAGUCCUCGACGACCACCACCUGGAGCACGUCCCUGGGACGGCUCUCCUGACCGAUGUUAUCGACGCGCAACAUCACCACCACCACGGCGCGGUCGACACGUCGCGGCUCCGGCAUGGCACGGGACGCAAUGCGGAUGUUGUGCUCGUACCGCAGCCAUCAGACAGUCCCAACGACCCGCUCAACUGGCCUCUUUGGCGCAAGGACCUGAUGCUGUUCUUCAUCUGCAUCGACACGGCUGUCGUCGGCGCGUGGGGCCCUAUGAUUAGCCCUGGUUAUGCGCAGAUGGCAGCCGACUGGAACAUGUCAUAUAACGCCCUCAACGGCGGACUUGGCUGGGGCGUGUUUGUGAUUGGCGUCUCCUGCUUUUUCACAAACUCGCUGGCGGUCAUCUGGGGUCGGCGGCCGGUGUUCCUGCUGGGCAACUUGCUGCUAUUCAUCAGCAGUUUGUGGGGGUACUUUGCGCAUUCGUAUUCGUCGCUGCUGGCGUCGAGAAUCGUCGGCUGCAUUGGUAUGUCGCCGUUUGAGGUUCUCGUCACCACCACCAUCGCCGACAUUUAUUUUGUCCACGAGCGCGGGCUGCGCCUCGCCAUGUGGGGCCUCUGCCUUUCCGUGGGUGUCGGCGGCGGAGUUAUUAUCUCGGGCUACAUCAUCGAGGACGCCGGUUGGAAUUGGACAUAUGGAGUCUGCGCCAUCAUUUUUGGCGUCUGGAUCGUUGUCCUCUUCUUGUUCUGCCCCGAGACGGCCUACCGCCGAGACCCCUCGCUCAACCUCGAUCUCGGCAUACAAGAUGCGGCCGGGGACUUGGCAGAGAAACGGCUGGCCAAGGGGGACGACGGGGUCGGCGAUGCGACUGAUGAGCAGUGCGUGGAGAAUGCCUCCGCCACCGCAGUUGACGAUAACGUCAACGGACCACCCGAGCCACGGCACAGCUUCUGGCAGGACCUGAAGAUCUUCCACGGCCGACAAAGCGACGACGCGUACUGGAAAGUGCUGACGCGGCCCCUGUUAAUGCUGGUCUUCCCGCAGGUGCUGUUCUCCUUCUUCGCAUACGGCUUGACUACUUCGUGGCUUGUCGUCGUCGGCGGCGUCUUGUCUCAGAUUUUCAGCGCACCACCGUACAACUUCAGUGUGUCUGGGGUCGGGCUUGUCUCCGUCAGCACUCUCAUCGGGUCCAUCAUCGGAGCCUUCGUUACGGGCCCGCUGGCUGACUGGGUCGCCAAGUUCAUGGCGCGACGAAACGGAGGAAUAUACGAACCCGAGUUUCGCCUCGUCAUCAUCGUUGUGUCUCUGGUUCUGGGAGGCUUGUCCUUCUUUGGCUUUGGCUGGUCGCUGUCAGUGCAGGAUCCGUGGAUCGGCCCCGUCAUCUUCUACGGCCUGCAAUACUUCAGCGUUGGCUUCAUGACGAUUGCCGUCUAUGGCUAUCUCACCGACUGCCACCGUGACAAGGCGCCCGAAGCGUUUGCGGCCAUCAAUCUGCGGAACAUCUACUCGUUCGGCAUGAACUACUUUAUCUCCGACUGGAUCUCGUCCCAAGGACCGAAGGAAGUUUUCUGUAUUGUCGGUGGCGUCCAUGUCUUCAUCUGCUUGUGCGCCAUCCCCAUGUACAUCUUUGGCAAGAGAUGCAGGAGCUGGACCAGCCGGGUUGAGAUCUUCCAGAAGGUGAUGCGAGCUUGA